AUGGACAGGAAACUGUAUCUUGCCCCGCUGAAAUCACCGCAGCGAGUCAUCGAUCUGGGGACUGGCACUGGUAUAUGGGCGAUUGACUUCGGUAUGUGUCAUCCGAUCAAAUGCCCUCUGCAGAGGCAAGUGCCAUCGCCCGUCUCCUGCCACAUGUCGAACGGAACUGAUGCCGGACAGGUCAUCGGAUGCGACCUCAGUCCUACGCAGCCAAACAUGGUUCCCCCCAAUGUGAAGUUCCUGGUCGACGAUAUCGAAGCAGACUGGGAGUACGGUAAUAACCCUUUUGACUUUAUCCACGCCCGCUAUCUCUCUGUUUCGAUAAAAAACUUUCCCCGGCUGGUGAGGCAGUGUUAUCGCUACGCUAAACCCGGCGGCUGGGUCGAAUUCCAGGACUGGGAUUCGCGGAUUACCUCGGAGGAUAACAGCACGAAAGGCACCUCCAUCAAGCGGUAUUACAACGAGGUAUUGGGAGCAUUUGAGAGGAAUGGCUAUGAAACGUCACCGGGACCGCAUUUGGAGCAAUGGUUCCGAGAUGCGGGAUUUGUGGAUGUCCAGAAAAAAGUCGGAACCUGGUGCAUGCUGCAAGCGGAGCAAGGCUUUGAAGCCGGGGGCCUAGCUGUGCUGACCCGGUUCGAGAACUGGUCCAAAGAAGAUGUUGUCGACCUGGCGAAGAAGGCGGUAGCAGAUGCUCACAAUCGCAAUAUCCAUCCGCUGUUUAACUUUUACGUUGUGUAUGGCCGAAAGCCAGAAUAG